AUGUACGAUCGUGACAUGAACAAUGUGGCCCCUUCCUACCCCCUGGCCGUCGCCGUGGGACAUAGAGAUGAGAAGUGUUGUGAUGGGAUGUGUGUCCCAGAUGAGAAGUGUUGUGACGGGACGUGUGUCCCAGAUGAGAAGUGUUGUGACGGGACGUGUGUCCCAGAUGAGAAGUGUUGUGAUGGGACGUGUGUCCCAGAUGAGAAGUGUUGUGAUGGGACGUGUGUCCCAGAUGAGAAGUGUUGUGAUGGGACGUGUGUCCCAGAUGAGAAGUGUUGUGAUGGGACGUGUGUCCCAGAUGAGAAGUGUUGUGAUGGGACGUGUGUCCCAGAUGAGAAGUGUUGUGAUGGGACGUGUGUGACCCAGAUGAGAAGUGUUGUGAUGGGACAUGAGAAGUGUUGUGAUGGGACGUGUGUCCCAGAUGAGAAGUGUUGUGAUGGGACGUGUGUCCCAGAUGAGAAGUGUUGUGAUGGGACGUGUGUCCCAGAUGAGAAGUGUUGUGACGGGACGUGUGUGUCCCAGAUGAGAAGUGUUGUGAUGGGACAUGAGAAGUGUUGUGAUGGGACGUGUGUCCCAGAUGAGAAGUGUUGUGAUGGGACGUGUUGUGAUGGGACGUGUGACCCAGAUGAGAAGUGUUGUGAUGGGGCGUGUGUCCCAGAUGAGAAGUGUUGUGAUGGGACGUGUGUCCCAGAUGAGAAGUGUUGUGAUGGGACGUGUGUGACCCAGAUGAGAAGUGUUGUGACGGGACGUGUGUGA